CCGCCGUGGGGCACCAUGGCUGCGGCCGCCCGGCUGCGGCGGCGGCUGCUGCUGGAGGUGCCGUGGCGCUGGCGCUGCAGCCCCCGCCGCAGCGGUGCCGCCUGCCUGUCGGCGGGGCAGAUCCGCGCCGCCUUCCUGCGCUUCUUCGAGGAGCGCCACGGCCACCGCCGCCUGCCCUCGGCCCCCGUGCGGCCCCGCGGUGACCCGCGCCUCCUCUUCGUCAACGCGGGCAUGAACCAGUUCAAGCCCAUUUUCCUGGGCACGGUGCACCCCCGGAGCGAGCUGGCCCAGCACCGGCGCGUGGUGAACAGCCAGAAGUGUGUGCGUGCGGGAGGGAAGCACAACGAUCUGGAGGAUGUGGGUCGAGAUACUUACCAUCACACCUUCUUCGAGAUGCUGGGGAACUGGUCCUUUGGGGAUUACUUUAAGGAGGAGGCAUGUAGCAUGGCCUGGGAGCUUUUGACAGAGGUCUACGAGAUCCCCAGAGAUCGUCUCUACGUCACCUACUUUGGUGGAGACCCCUCGCUGGGGCUGAGCGCAGAUGAGGAGUGCAAGGACGUGUGGCUCCGCCUGGGGGUUCCUGCCAGUCACGUGCUUCCUUUCCCAUUGAAGGAUAACUUCUGGGAGAUGGGAGACACAGGUCCCUGCGGUCCCUGCACAGAGAUCCACUAUGACCACGUGGGUGGUGGCAGAAAUGCUGCAGCACUGGUGAACCAGGGCAGCCCCGAUGUAGUAGAGAUCUGGAACUUGGUUUUCAUGCAGUAUAGCAGAGAGGUGGAGGGGAAUCUCCUUCCCUUGCCGCAGCACCAUGUGGAUACAGGAAUGGGUCUGGAAAGGCUGGUGACAGUUCUGCAGAACAAACGUUCCAACUAUGACACAGAUCUCUUCACUCCCAUCUUGGAUGCCAUUCACAAGGGCUGCAGGGCACCCAGAUACCAAGGUUUGGUCGGGAAUGCCGAUGUUGGGCGUGUGAACAUGGCCUACCGCGUGGUGGCAGAUCACGUGCGCACCCUGUGCGUGUGCAUCACUGAUGGCAUCUACCCAGGCUUCUCUGGAGCAGAACUGGUGCUGCGUCGGAUCCUGCGCAGGGCUGUACGCUUUUGCUCUGAAGUUCUACAGGCUCCACCUGGGCUCCUGGCCUCCCUGGUGCCUACCGUAGUGGAAGUGCUGGGAGAUGCUUAUCCAGAGCUGACAAGGAAUGACAACCAGAUCAAGGAUAUCAUCAAUGAGAACGAGGCUGCAUUUCUGUCCUCCCUGGAGCGUGGGAGGCGCAUCAUCGAGCGGACAGUGCAGCAGAUGGAGCCCUCCACAAAUUUUCCAGCUGAAGUAGCCUGGUCUCUCUAUGGGAGUUUGGGAUUCCCUCUGGAUUUGAUUGAUUUGAUGCUUGAAGAGAAGGGAAUCAGUUUGGAUUCAGCUGCUUUUAAUGAACUUGCUCUGGAAGAUGCGAAGCGGAAGGCUGGUGGCCCACAGGCAGGACAGCCAGGGAGCACAAACACCCACCUGGACGUGCAUUCACUGGCUUGGCUGCAGGGCAGCAAGGUGCCUGCUACAGAUGACUCUCCCAAGUACGCCUACACGCUGGGGCAGCACGGGCACUAUGAGUUCAGCCCGUGCCAGGCCACUGUCCUGAUGCUGUACAGAGAUCAGUCUCUCCAUAAGGAGGUUGGGGCAGGGCAGCGCUGUGGUGUCAUCUUGGACAGGACUAACUUCUAUGCACAGCAGGGAGGGCAAGACUCUGACCAAGGCUACAUGAUGCGUUUAGGACAGCAGGAUGUACUCUUCCCUGUAGAGUCAGUUCAUCUCUGUGGUGGCUAUGUGAUCCAUGAGGUCACUGCUGUGGAAACCCUGCGUGCUGGCGACCAAGUGCAGCUCUUUGUGGAUGAGGCACAGCGCCUGGCCUGUAUGACGAACCACACUGCCACCCACCUGCUGAACUUCGCGCUCCGGCGUGUCCUGGGUGACAGCACCGAGCAGCGGGGCUCCCACGUGACAGCAGAGCGGCUGCGCUUCGACUUUGACACCAAGGGCCAUGUGACUGUGGAGCAGCUGCAGCAAGUGGAGCAAGUGGUCCAGGACCUGAUCCAGAAAAACGAGGUGGUGCAUAUGGCUGAAGUCCCCCUCACACUGGCAAGAAGAGUUCAGGGACUCCGUGCAGUGGAUGAGGGGUAUCCAGAUCCAGUGAGGAUAGUGUCCCUGGGGGUCCCUGUGGAGAAUGUGCUGACCUGUGACUCCAAGGCUGCAAUGCAGACCUCUGUGGAGCUCUGCUGUGGGACGCACCUUCUCCAAACAGGAUCUGUGGAAGACCUGGCCAUCAUCAGUGAGCGCCAGCUUGUCAAAGGCAUUAGCCGUGUCAUUGCAGUGACAGGGGGACGAGCCAAAGAGGCCCGGGAGGCAGGCCAGUGCUUGGCUAUGGAAGUGGACUCUGUCUCCCUGCGGAUGAAGCAGAGGAUCACCUCUAUUCCUGAGAUGCAGAACCUCUCCAAAGAAGUGGGCCAGUUGACCAAAGUGGUGGCCAGCACUGCAAUGCCCCAGUGGCAAAGAAAAGAGCUACAGACCAUCCUGAAAGCACUCCAGCGAACAGCCAACACAGCUGUCAAGAAACUGGAGCUGCAGCAGGGGUUCAUCUCUGCUUGCAUUUGGGGAAGAAGGGCUGUACAGGCCUCCACGUGGAGAUUUCAGGCUGAGAAAGUGGCACAAAUCUUGCUAGCAAAAUACUGCAACCAGCCUGUCAUUAUUGAUACUAUCCCAGCUGAUUCCCUCUCUAUCCUAAUGAAAGUAGUGAACCAGCUGUGUGACAAGUCUCCUGGCACCUCAGUCUUGCUGCUGAGCCCUCAGGCUUCGGGUGAGGUGCUCUGUGCCUGUCAGGUGUCCAAGAGCUGCCUCCCCGGGUUCUCUGCUGCUGACUGGGCCGUGGCCGUCUGUGCACAGAUGGAAGGGAAGGCAGGAGGCUCUCCCAUCGUGGCUAAGGGCAGUGGAAAUGCCAAAGGCAUGCAGGGAGCCCUGGCCACUGCACUGGAGUUCGCUCAGAGCAAACUGUGAUGCUUUGGUGCCAGGACAGCUGUACGCACCCAGCUGGACGCUUGAUACCAAGCAUAUAUACUCUGCCCAUCUGAAAGGAUUGGCAGCUGAACAUUGCUGCAACCACUGCCUUGGAGCACUGGACUUCUGACCAUCCAGGAGCAGCAGAGAUCCCACUGAAAGAAUGGUGCUGCCUGUUCUCAGCACAAGCUUAUGGAGAUGGAGCCUUGGAAAGCACCAGUAGCAACAGCAAAUCCUGCUUCUCAUGGAACACUGCAAAUCUUGCCACAAGACUAGCACAGAGAUUUUGUGAAAACAUGGGGAGUUGGCACUGUUAUCUUAAAGCCAUUAAAGGGUAGAGAGUAUCCAAUCACCUGA